CCCAACCUCCCCCCCCCUGCCAGUCGGGGCCAGGCCAGGCCAGCUCCUCUGGCAGCAGAGCCUGGGCAGGUGACGAGCGGACGCGGGCGUCGCAGCUGAGGGAGUAAGGAGGCGCCCAGGAACCGGAGCUGGAAACCGGGCCGAGGUCCAGCCAGAGCCCAAGAGCCAGAGCUACCCCUUGACCGGUCAGCCAUGGGGGAGAUGGAGCAACUGCGUCAGGAAGCGGAGCAGCUCAAGAAGCAGAUUGCAGAUGCCAGGAAAGCCUGUGCUGACGUUACUCUGGCAGAGCUGGUGUCUGGCCUAGAGGUGGUGGGACGAGUCCAGAUGCGGACACGACGGACGUUAAGGGGGCACCUGGCCAAGAUCUAUGCCAUGCACUGGGCCACUGACUCCAAGCUGCUGGUAAGUGCCUCGCAAGAUGGGAAGCUGAUCGUGUGGGACAGCUACACCACCAACAAGGUGCACGCCAUCCCUCUGCGCUCCUCCUGGGUCAUGACCUGUGCCUAUGCCCCAUCAGGGAACUUUGUGGCAUGUGGGGGGCUGGACAACAUGUGUUCCAUCUACAGCCUCAAAUCCCGUGAGGGCAAUGUCAAGGUCAGCCGGGAGCUUUCUGCUCACACAGGUUAUCUCUCCUGCUGCCGCUUCUUGGAUGACAACAAUAUUGUGACCAGCUCGGGGGACACCACAUGUGCCUUGUGGGACAUUGAGACUGGGCAGCAGAAGACUGUAUUUGUGGGACACACGGGUGACUGCAUGAGCCUGGCUGUGUCUCCCGACUUCAAUCUCUUCAUUUCUGGGGCUUGUGAUGCCAGCGCCAAGCUCUGGGAUGUGCGAGAGGGGACCUGCCGUCAGACUUUCACUGGCCACGAGUCGGACAUCAACGCCAUCUGUUUCUUCCCCAAUGGAGAGGCCAUCUGCACGGGCUCAGAUGAUGCUUCCUGCCGCUUGUUUGACCUGCGGGCAGACCAGGAGCUGAUCUGCUAUUCCCACGAGAGCAUCAUCUGUGGCAUCACGUCCGUGGCCUUCUCCCUCAGUGGCCGCCUGCUAUUCGCUGGCUAUGAUGACUUCAACUGCAAUGUCUGGGACUCCAUGAAGUCCGAGCGUGUGGGCAUCCUCUCUGGCCACGACAACAGGGUCAGCUGCCUGGGAGUCACAGCUGAUGGGAUGGCUGUGGCCACAGGUUCCUGGGACAGCUUCCUCAAAGUCUGGAACUGAGGAGGCUGGAGAAAGGGAAGUGAAAGGCAAUGAAGACACUCAGCGGCCCCUCCCCAACCCCAUCACAUUCAGGUGUUCUCUUCUAUAUUCCAGGUGCCAUUCCCACUAAGCUUUCUCCUUCGAGGGCAGUGGGGAGCAUGCGGACUGUGCCUUUGGGAGGCAGCAUCAGGGACACGGGCAAAGAACUGCCCCAUCUCCUCCCAUGGCCUUUCCUCCCCACAGUCCUCACAGCCUCUCCCUUAAUGAGCGAGGACAACUGGCCCCUCCCCAGCCCUUCACAGGCACAGCAGACUUGUCUUUGGCCGCAGGCCCCAGGACUCCCCCAGAGCCACUACGUUUGUCCAGAUCUGGGUGGGACAGGGCUUUGGCCCCGUGACUAUGGCUCUGGCACCAUUAGGGUCCUGGUCGUCUUCUUACUCAUGCUGUCACCUUUUUCUACCUUUUUAUCUCUCCUAAAACACCUGCAAUAAAGUGUAGCAUCCUGGUACAUC